AUAUAUAUAUAGGGUUUUUUUUUAGAGACCAACGUGAUUGAAGGUGCUUGAGAUGCAGCCACGUCGUCAGCGCCCGGCAACUGAUGCCCCGCAGGCAGCGACAGUUGCGCUGCCGAAGGACAACAGCAACCAGGAGCAGGAGGCGCCGCUGGACCAGAUCGAGAGUAGCGGCAGCAACAGCAGCAACAGCAGCAGCAGCAGCGGCGGCGGCGGCAGCGGCAGUGACUGCGAGAAACCAACAGAGACGGCAACCAGAGAGUUUUUGGUCUCGCUGCUGGAAUGCCCGGUAUGCUUUGGCUAUAUGAUGCCGCCCAUAAUGCAGUGCUCGCGCGGCCAUUUGAUCUGUUCGCAGUGCCGCAACAAGUUGAACGUGUGUCCCGUCUGCCGUGUACCGAUGAGCAAUAUACGCAACCUGGCCAUGGAGAAGGUCGGCUCCAAAUUGAUAUUCCCCUGUAAGCAUGCCUGCUAUGGCUGCCGUGUGCGUCUCUCCUAUGCGGAUAAGAAAUCGCACGAGGAGGACUGUGAAUUUCGUCCAUAUUUCUGCCCAUAUCCGGAUGAGAAGUGCGUGUGGCAGGGUGCCCUCAAGGAUGUGUACAAACAUUUCGUGAGCACACAUCAGAAUGUCAUCACCAUGGAGGGCACCGACAUCAUCUUUCUGGCCACCAAUGUGAAUCAGGUGGGCGCACUCGACUGGACAAUGAUACAGUCGUGUCAUGGCAGACACUUUCUGCUAUCGCUGGAAAAGGUGCAGCUGGGCGAGGGCUGCCAGCAGUAUUUUGCCGCCUGUCGCAUGAUCGGCACCAUGCGCGAUGCCGCCGACUUUGACUAUCUCAUUUCGUUGGAGGCCAACAAUCGCACUCUAAAAUGGAAGUCCAAGCCGCGCUCCAUACGCGAAAGUUUCGUAACCUAUACAAAUGCCGAUUUUCUGGUGCUCAACAAAUCGACGGUGGAACUAUUUUCCGAGGAUGGUAAUUUGGCAUUAAAUAUCAUUAUCAAAAAGGCCAACAAUGGUGACUAGAAUGGACAAUGCAGCCAACUUCAUAUAUAUAUAUAUAUAUAUAUAUACCCUCUGAUCCCUGUGGCCCGGGAACGAUCUGCCCCCUUGCUUCAGUCCCAGUCUCAGCAGUAGUAUCUACUCUCUAUGUGCUCACAUAUGUAUAUAUAUAACUUGUAAAUGCUCCGUGGCCAGACAGAAUUCAUAAUUCUGCCAUGUUCUGGGGUGGCAAUCGGAUAAGCGCCGAUAGGAGACACAUCACUUGUUCCAAAUAGCCAGAUAAAAUAAAUUGGACAAGUUGGAAAACCAUUUGCUAACUGUAAUCCA